AGCUCGGUCCUGAUCAAGCCCUUCUCACUGGCCUAUGUGGCAGAUGGGUGAGAAGGCGAGCGAGUCAUUUCAUCUUGCCUUGUUUCGACCGUCCCGUCUGAAAUCUAAGUAGAGACAAUUCUAACAAUUUGUGUUUUCACAUUUAUUUCACGCGAACAAAGAGUGGACGACGGACUGCAGGAUAAGAGAAUGGCUCAAAUCGACGCGGAGUUUGGUGUGAAGGGCAGCAGCAGCAGCAUCAUCAGGGAGUGGAGCGGACAGGUCCAGCUCGCUCUGGUGGCCUCCUUGGUCUUCCUCUUCUGCCUGGAAGCCUGCCUGUGGGUCAAAAACCUCAGGCUCAAGAGGAGGCUGCCGGGACCCUUCGCCUGGCCAGUGGUGGGCAACGCCAUGCAGCUGGGCCAGAUGCCUCACAUCGCCUUCGCCGAGCUCGCCAAGAAGUACGGCAACGUGUACCAGAUACGGCUGGGCUGCAGCGACGUGGUGGUCCUGAACGGAGACAGGGCGAUACGGGAGGCUCUCGUCCAGCACGCCGCAGAGUUCGCGGGCAGACCGAACUUCGUCUCCUUCCAGGCCGUCUCGGGGGGGAACAGCAUGACUUUCAACAGCUACAGCAAACAGUGGAAGACGCACAGGAAAAUUGCCCAAUCAACAAUCAGAGCGUUCUCGUCUGCCAACAGCCAGACCAAAAAAGCCUUUGAGCAGCAAAUAGCUGCUGAAGCCACAGAGCUGGUUGAGACUCUCCUUAAACUCGGUGCUCACGGCCGGUAUUUUGACCCGGCCCACGAGCUGACAAUUGCCGCGGCCAAUGUGAUUUGUGCCCUGUGCUUUGGAAAGCGCUAUGGACACGAGGAUGUGGAGUUCAGAGCCCUGCUAGAGAAGGUUGAUAAGUUUGGAGAAACAGUCGGGGCCGGCAGCCUGGUGGAUGUGAUGCCCUGGCUUCAGACUUUCCCCAAUCCAGUCCGCAGCAUGUUCAAGAACUUCAAGGACCUGAACGAAGAGUUCUUCGGCUUCGUCCAGAGCAAGGUGGAAGAGCACAGAGAGACGUUCGACCCGGAGGUCGUGAGGGACAUGAGCGAUGCCAUCAUCGGCGUGAUCGACAAGGCCGGCGGCGACGACGGGCUCACCAGAGGCCACGCGGAGGGGACGGUGUCCGAUCUGAUCGGCGCGGGUCUGGAUACCAUCUCUACUGCGCUCCACUGGGUCAUUCUCCUGCUGGCCAAACACCCCGAGAUACAAACCAAACUCCAGGAGCUCCUCGACAAGGAGGUGGGGCGAAACCGCCUGCCGUCCGCGGAGGACAGAAGCCGCCUGUCCUACCUGGACGCCUUCAUCUACGAGACCAUGCGCUUCACCAGCUUCGUCCCCGUCACCAUCCCCCACUCCACCACCGCCGACGUCACCGUCGAGGGUCUGCGCAUCCCCAAAGACACGGUGGUCUUCAUCAACCAGUGGUCCGUCAACCACGACCCCCUGAAGUGGAAGGACCCACACGUCUUUGAGCCCGCGCGCUUCCUGGACCAAGAGGGCUCCCUGGACAAGGAUCUGUCCAACAAUGUCAUGAUUUUCUCGGCCGGGAAGCGAAAAUGCAUCGGGACCCAGAUUGCCAAGGUCGAGAUAUUUUUGUUUGUUGCGAUCCUACUCCACCAGUGCAGAUUUGAGAAAUGUGCCGAUGAGGAGCUGUCUUUAAACUGCUCCUAUGGGUUAACGCUGAAGCCUUUACACUUCAGGAUUACGGCCAAACUCAGGGGACACUUACUGAAAGGCGAGUAGAACUGUUAGAAAACUGAAAAAAAAAUGAUACAUUAAAGCGAUACAUUUUAUAAAAUGUGCCUCGUAAAUAAGUAUACAUGCCUUGUAUCACAAAGGACGUAAAUUCACGUAAAAAAAAUAAGCUUUACUACUUCCUACACACAGACAAUACAUUUCACUUAAAAAAAAAAAAAAGUAAGACAGUAAACAUAUAAAAAGUCAGCACCUUGUAAAUAGUAUUGGGGAUGUGACUCAUAGCUGGACCUGACAGCGAUUUACUAAAAUCCCCAAGAUAUCUGCAAUGAC